GGAUAUCCCAUCCGAGACGCAGGCACUGAUUUCCACCCUCCCCUCUUCUCCCCCCUCCUCUGUGUUUUUUUUUUUUCCUAAGGGGUGGAAAGGGCCUCGCGAAAUAAAAGUGCAGAAACAAGCCGGUGGCUCCCAGAGCGGCCGGGGCGGGCUCGGCGGGAGCCCCCAGCACAGAGCAGCGACAGCAACAGCAGCAGCGCGGAACCGUAGCGCCGAACCCACCGCGGAUCUCCACCUGCCCCCGGGACUCAGCAUCGCCCCGACUCCUCGCUCCGCACCUUUCCCCCCUCCUCCCCCUGCCUACUGAGAUCGUGAUACUUAUCAACCUCAUUUUUUAAUUAUUAUUUUUUGUUAUUAUUAUUUUUACCCCUUCCUCCGGGACUUUUUUUUUCCACCGCCGUUGGGACACCCGCAAACUUCUCCCUCGCUUCCCCCCCUUCUUCCCUCCCGCCCCUCCUUUGCUGGUGGUUUUGCGCUUGUUUUGUUGUUGGGUUUGCUGCCCUUUUUUCUCGUCUCCUCUCCUCUGGACGACCCGCCUGUUUUGUUGCUUGUGUGGUUUUUUUUUCGACUCCCGUGCCACACCGGAGAGGCCGGGAGCGGCUCCGGCAGCACCUCCCCGGCGCACCGCGUGUGAGCCCGGCGGCUCGGCCCGGCUCGGCUCAGCUCGGCUCGGUUCAGCGCGGCCCGGCUCGGCUCGGCACGGCACGGCUCGGGCGCUCGCCCCCGAUAAUGCAGAGCUACAAGUACGAUAAGGCGAUCCCGCCGGAGAGCAAGAAUGGGGGCAGCCCGGCGCUGAACAACAACCCGGCCAAGGGCAGCAGCAAGAAAGCCCUGCUCAUCUGCCUCGACUUCCUCUGCCUCGUCAUGGCUGGGUUGCCCUUCCUCAUCAUCGAAACGAGCACAAUUCAGCCCUACCAGAGGGGCUUCUACUGCGACGACGACAGCAUCAGGUACCCGCUGAAGGCAAUGGAGACGAUCAACGACGCAGUGCUGUGUGCUGCAGGCAUCCUCAUCACCAUCCUUGCAAUCAUCACGGGGGAGCUGUACCGCAUCCACUACCUGAAGGAGAAGUCCCACUCCUUCAUCCAGAACCCCUACGUGGCUGCCCUCUACAAGCAGGUUGGCUGCUUCGUCUUCGGCUGCGCCAUCAGCCAGUCCUUCACGGACAUUGCCAAGGUGUCCGUGGGGCGCUUGCGGCCGCACUUCCUGGAGGUCUGUGACUUGGAUUUCUCCACCAUCAACUGCGCUAAGGGAGUGUACAUCCAAAACUACACCUGCAGGGGAAGCGACAGCAAGGUCCAGGAAGCCAGGAAAUCCUUCUUCUCCGGGCAUGCAUCCUUCUCCCUUUACACCAUGCUGUAUUUGGUGUUCUAUCUGCAGGCCAGAUUCACGUGGAAAGGAGCUCGUCUGCUUCGCCCCCUCCUGCAGUUCACCCUCAUCAUGAUGGCUUUUUACACCGGGCUGUCCCGCGUCUCAGACCACAAGCAUCACCCCACCGACGUGCUGGCAGGCUUUGCACAGGGGGCCCUGGUGGCUUACUGCGUGGCGUUUUAUGUCUCUGAUCUCUUCAAGCCCAAGACAAAGACUUGCCUGCCUCCACCACCCAUCCGGAAGGAGAUCCUUUCACCUGUGGACAUCAUUGAGAGGAAUAACCAUCACAACAUGGUGUAGACCUUGAAGAAAUUGGGUGGCUGUUCUAUUUUAUUUUAAAAGGGGGGGGGUUUGUUUUCCUUUUUUUUUUUGUUUGUUUGUUAGGGUUUUUUGGGGAAAAAAAAAAAAGAGACUGCUGACAGCAACUACCUGCUGCUCUCAAAUCUCAUCAGACAGUAGAAUGUAGGGAGAGACUUUCUUGCCUGACCAGUGAAAAGAAGUCUUACUCUGUGGUCUUUUCAACCUUGCAACGUUCGGAUGGAAGGGGGUGGUGGUGGUGGUCAACUGAGUCAAGAAGCUACGACGAGGAAGGACAAACACAAACCACAUCAAGCUGAGCAAACCAAGAGAGGUGCCGGAGCUCUGGAUGUGCAAUUGGUUUGAGUGUUCAUGUUGUAGUGAACGCCAGAUUGUUCCUAGCCUGAUGAACACGAAGGGGUUUUUGGAAAGCUGGGUUUGGGGGGGGGGGGGGUUGGUUGUUUUAUUGUUUGUUUGUUUGUUUGUUUGUUUUCCCCCACUAUGAAGAUUUCCCAAUACCUGCAAGCAACAACAACAAAAUAGAAGCACCCAACUCAUGCCAAAAUCGUGGAGCACUAUGCAUGAGAAGAACAGCACUGAGUCGAGAUCUGGGACUGGGUAGUAAGAGUUGGGCUUUGUUCUCCUUCGGAUCCUGGUUUGUUUCCGCCUGCUCCCUUCCAUACUGUGACUUAGUUUAGAAGCAGCUUGCCCAGUCAAAGAUCUCCAGAGGGUCUCUGUUCACACUGCACCCCUCCAACGAGCAGUCCCGAGUCCUGAGACGAGCCCCGAGGCUCCUCCAUGUAGAGAAGCCACAGUUCUUCCUCUCCGCUCGCUCCCUGGUGAGGCUUCAUCCUGCCCGACCCCCCGGGCCUGCGCAGCACCCACGGGUGACCCUCUGUGGGAAGAGAAUCCUCCGCUUCCCAGCCAUCCUCCUUCCCAAAAGAGCAUCCCAGCAGACCUGCCCUGCGCCCACAGGAGCUGUGCAAGCGCAGCUGGAGCAAGCGGGUCGCGGCGGCUCUGCCGAAGACGCCUUGGCACUACGACCCCCCCACCCCAGGGCUGAGUCCUGGGGAAACUUUGAUCCUGCAGUUUGGGGAUGGGCUGCUGGGCAGCACCUCCCAGCCUGGCUGUCAGUCAGUUUGUGCAUCACCCUCCCUACACCUCCUCCUCCUCCUCCUCUUCCCUUGGGCUGCCUCAGCUGCGUGCCGCAGCAGGUCCCCGGGCGCUGUGCUGCGCUCGCUGGCGCUGGUGGCCAAGCAGCCGUUGCUCUGUGGAGCAGGAUGCUGAGUUCAGUCCUUUUUUGGGUUGUGGUUGUUUGUGAUGCCCCAGAACCCCCACAGGCCCUUGGUUUGCAGCCCUUUCACAGAGCACCUUUGCAAAGGGAUCCCAGCCAUUUGCACAUCCUUCUGACAGAUUCCGUCCUACCAUUUCAACUAGAAGCAAGCUAUGAGGAGUUCUUUUUCCUUUGGUUGUUUUGGUUUGGUUUGGGGUUUUUUUUUUGUCUUUUGUUGAUUUUUUUUGUUUGUUUUAAUCUAUAAAUAUUAUAUAAAUAAUGUAUAAAACCUUAAAAAAAUUAACUAUGUAAAAUAUUAUUUCUGAAACGAUUUUUUUUUUUGGUUUUAGAUAUCUCCACUAUGACUAUAAACUGUGUCCUGACCCUGUGUUAUUUACAUUUUUGCUGCUUACAAUAAAAAAGGAGGGAAAAAAAAAAAGAGAGAGAGAGAGAGAGGGAAAAAAAAAAAAAGCAUUGAGUUAAAUUUUGGUUUUGUUUGUUUGGGUUUUUUUUUUAUAGUGGACUAAAAUAUUGUUAGUUCUGUGGUAGUACUAUGGGUUUGGUUUGUUUUUUUUUAAUGAAAAUAACUACAAUUAGAGAGGUUUGUAUUAAAAAAAAUCAUAUUAAAUUGUCUGUAUUUUUGUAAUGUUGUUCCUUUUUGGUUGGUUGUUUGUUUGUAAAGAGAAGAAUAUUCAAAGACUUUUGUAGAAUACAAAAAAAGACACAAAGUUUGUACCUGCAAAGUGAGUGCUGUAUAAAUGUGCUUUUUUAAAUAAAAGCUCAUAACACAACUAAA